CUGCCUCGUCGUUCAUCUUUAAAAAGCCGCACACUGUCCGCAGUAUCGUGUCGACGUUCGAGGUGGUAGGAUUAAAAGAUUGGCGCUCACGUCCAUCUCGGUGCUGUGUGUGUGUGUGUGUGUGUGUGAAAACAUUUUUUUUCGCGUGUCGCGUAAUGAACCGGUAGUAAGUAUAUUUCGGAUCUCCCACGACUAUACGUUGAAUUGAAUAACGAACGGUCAGCUGAGGAUAAAAUUUAAAAAAUGUGUCGGUUAUAUUUAUGAAAUAUAAUAGAAUUUUCGUGGUUAAAUUGGAGAACAAUGGCGCGCGGACAACAAGACAUUAUAUAGUAUCGCAUGUGCAUUACUGUUUUUGACUCUAUGAUGAUGCAAAAGGAACGGAUGCUACAAUAUUCGGUCCAUUAUUUGUUUUACGUCGGUCACUUUUCCGUGUUGAUUAAAUAUAAUAAAAUACAAAAAUUAGUGGAAUCGUGGUAGCUGCCGCGGUGUCGUCACACGGCGGCUGGCUCGCGGUUCAGCUGCAGAGUUCCGGGCAUCUCGUCGCGUGCUCGUUCGCCGCGAAUGUGUGAUCGCGCGCGAGCGCGCACGCCCGUCUGUGUGUGUGUGUGUGUGUGUGCGGUGCGGCGGCGGCGGCGGCGGCGGUAGUGGUUGCUCGACUGUGCUCGAUCGCAUUGUCGGAGUUCGAUGCGCCCGCGUCUUUGACCAAGUAAGGAGGAGGAUUUGGCAUUUGGCGUUUGUUCGUCGUCCGAGAAUAUACUUCAAAUUCGCUAAACUGCUGGUAACGCGUAACCUCGUUCGCACCUUCAAAUUCCCGUUUUAUUCAUUUCAUAACGUGCUGCGCUCUCGUGCAAAAUAUAUUCAAAAUGGAGGCGGCGGCGACGGCGGCGGCGGCAGGAUGAAAACAAAGUUUACUAUUUUGGUUGUGAAUCGUCGUCGUGUACGACCCCUGCCUCGAUGAUCCGAGUUCAAACAAACCGAAAUAAUUUUGAACGUAUGGCGAAUUCAUGAAAAUAUAAAAAUUUGUUCCAUGUAACUCCGCGAUAUGUAACGUUAUACACGGGGUAUACCCCGCGCGGAUCAGAGAACGAAAGAAUCCCCGACAAAGUUUAUAUAUAUAUACACACGGUAUUUUCAAAUUUUUGCGUUUCCUAUCGCGUCGAUAAAAAAAAGUAGCAGUGAUACAUGACCGAAGGACGUUUGGCGUGUCAUCCUCCGCAAAUAAGUCCCGCUAACUCUAAAAGUGUGUGAAAAGUUUAAUGUUAAAUGAGAAUUAUAAAUAAUAUAAUAAUAGGAUAAUUAAUCGGGAAUCGCGACGAAGGGCGCGGUGUGGUGCAGUGUGUUGUUUGCCUGGAUCGCGAUCAGCUGUUCGACCCCGUACAGGAGCAUGUAGCAGGCCGCUGCGAGCCGCGACUCGCCGGACCUCUCCAGAUGAUAUCGUGGCCGAAUCACCGGGACGGCGAUCGGACGUUUCGUUCUCGUUUCAUCGUUCCAUUCUCGUUGCCAGCAGAGAAAAACGAAGAGUGGAGGAAAAAUGUUGUCGUACAUGUUACCAACGGGAAACAAACCGCCACCCGGGGAGCAACCUCAGAAUUACAAUCGGGCCAAAAAUUCAAUGCUAAACGAUCAACAAAUAAUGAGGGAUACGACGAUGAGGCGUAACGAGCAGAUUGAUAAUUCAACGACGAGCGGCUCGCGAACAAUGACAACGACGCAUGAUCCCUUCGUCAUUGGAGGAACGAGCUCGAUGUCAUUGAUGAACAACCAAAUUUUCGAAAACAAAAAUCGUGAUGGUGAAACGAAUAAUCGAGGACGCGAGAGCCCCAUACGUCAAAACGGUAACGGAGUUGUCCAUUCAAACAUGAAUAAUAUGAUGAAUACGAUAACGACCGGGACGACAACGACGCUAACUGCAACGGCAACGACGGCAAUAACGACGACGACGACGACGACGACGACGACGACGACGACGACAACCACGACGACGACUGCAACAAGAAAAUCGACUCUUCACACUUCCUCGAGGGUGACCAAAGACGAUAGUCUCUACAGUAUCGACAGCGAAGCCAGUACCGUUGGCAGUGAUAGGAAAGGAAAAAUUAUCAACGGUGCCAAACAUGCCAGUCUCAAAAGGGUUUCGUUCGGCUCCAGCAAAGGAUCCAUGGUCGAGACACUCGUGUACGAAACACCCGUUCAAGAGGAGCCUGAAAAUAAUCACUUCAUGGAUCACAAUGGACGAUUACCCGCACCUAUGAUCCCCGUGCCAGAUACAGAUGAAGGCAGAGAAAAAGUGCGAGUAGCGUUUUUGGGACCUACCCCUUCGCCCGCGACUCCCGGUGUUCUUCUCCUCGAACCUCUGUUGCCCAACUCGGCCCACCUCAUAGACGGAAUGUCUUCGAGUCCUGCGGAAUUGCUCACGACGCACACCGAGCACACGUCGCCCGCCUAUCAUGCUCAGAUAAGCACGGACAGCGGAUGGGACAAUCCGUUCAGGCCGGACGGUGAUUUGUCGCGCGAGGCGGACGAGAUCGUCGAAUUGAUAAAGGGCGGCAAGCCCAUAACACCGACACCCGGACAAAAUGCACCGGCUCUGCCUGGCUGCGAGACAACCGGUAAAACAAACGAUAACGAUAAUCUCGAUUCGAGUACGAGACCGUUGUUAAACGCGAGCUCGAACGCUACGACGACGAAUCGUCUCAAUCAGGGAAAUGGAAAUGCCCACGGUACACCCGGAAAAGGAGGAAACGCGAUAUCUUCGAGCAAGCAACAACAGCCCGUCAACGAGAAGGUGACCCAACGUCAAUUCCAUUAUCCGCUAUCGAAACGACCUGUGCGUCAAUAUUAUACCGAGAAUAAACACGAUCCCGCCCAAACAACAGAUCGGCCAAUCGUCGAAUACAGCAACCGUUGAAGUUGGAAGAGUAACGGCGCAAGGUCCUGGUGACGCAUCGCAGGUCGAACACGUUACAUUGAAAAAGAAGCCCAAGUGCAAGUGUUGCGUUUUGCAGUAACGUCCGAUAACAUAUUUUAUCUAUUUAUAUAUACAUAUAAAAUAAUACAUAUAUGUAUAUAAAUAUCAAUGGGUUGCCGCGACACGACCACUACCACCACCACCAAACCCAUGACGAUUCGCCUCGUUAUCAUCCGGCCUCACAUCCGCGAACGGUUCGAACGAGAUGAAAGAAUACGCCGAGAUAGCUGCCAGGAUCGUCAACGAGGAAACGACGGCGGCUGCGGCGAAUCAAUACCACACCUCUCCGUUACAAUCGCAAAAAAUUCGCGACACACAUUUUCAGGAGAGUGUUUAUUCGAUCAAUCGAGAACCGGAGUCGUUCAACUGGAAAAUAUUGAGAGCCCGGGGCUGGAUGGUGAAAAAAAAAAAAAAAAAAAAACAAAAAAAAACAAAAGGCUGCAAAGUCGUCAACGAAUUUGAACCAGUUUAAUAGUAUCCCGCGAGAGUAUGGACGAUGAAAAACCGCUUGGCACGGACGCAACGAUCAAAACCUCGCUGAAACAAACGAAAGAAAAGUGUGCAUCGAUCGCGAACGGUCGAUCAAACAACAAAUAUAAAAAGCCCUCGAUUAUGGCGAUGGACCCCGAGGAGUUGAGAUUACGAGAGGGAGAGAAGAGAUAAAGAAAAAAUAAAAUGAUGAAAAACAAAUAAAAAUAUAUUAUAUAUAUUAUUAAAAGUAUAUUGUAGAUACAGAACGGUAGCUAUAUAGCUUAUAUGCUUUUAUUAUUGUGGCUAUCAUUGUUAAGAUUGUCGUGACACGACGAAGACGACGAAAAAAGGAAUCGCGGUAACGCCGCUGAGGAAUUACGAGUCAAGAGUUUACCGCGAGAACAAAAUGAAAAUACGAUUGGAGGGGAGAGGGAAAUAUUAAAAUUGCAUUCGUUUCGACGAAUAAUCAAAACGAACAAAAUUGGUAUUUUCAUCUCUUGUUUCCCGUCGUAUAAUAAUGUAUAAAAAUGGUACCAACCGUCUGGCGUUUGAGCCGAUCCGAGAUAAAACGGCGUGAAACCAUUGAAAUUUACAACGUUGAAAUGCAACGAAAUUGAUUUUUUAUAUUUUUCUAUUGCUUUCCAAAAAAAGGCAGAAUUGAAUUUUUUUUCGAAUACAAUUUUUUUUUUAUCGGUUUAACCGGAUCGACGAACGGAGGACCCAAAACCAGUGCAAUUGAAUCCCUUAAUAGCCUAAUUUUGCAAUGACAUUGUAUCCUAUAUCGUCGGCAUGUAUAGCGCUUCGUUGUUGCAUUACAAUGUUGUAAACUUUAAAAUGUAUACACAUUAAAGUCCGAGAUUCAAUAACUAUGCCAGUUGGGACGCGGAUUUUAUCAUAAAUCGUAUUGGCGCGACUCGAUAUUUUCAAUGGGUGCCUGAACGAUAUACGAUGUGAAUUAUUUAUUAUCAAUAAUUAGACGGACGACAGUGUUUUUCUUUUUCAAAACCUGUCGCCCCUAAUUUUUUACAUCUCAGAAGAAUCCUGUUAUGUACUUGUUCGAAUGAGUUUUAAUAACCGCACGAUCCCAACGGUGUUUCUUAUUUUUAUUUUUAUUUUUUUUCCUAUUAAAUUAUUAUUAUAAUCAUCAGCGUACAGCUACAAAUAGCUUGCAGGGCCGAGCACAUUACGAACUACGUGAAGAUUCAGAAUUUAACCUCAGCGAAUUUGUAAAUAUAGAAUUUGGCGAAAUUAUACGGGGGAAAAAAAAAAAUAUCGACCUGAUGGGGAAAUGUGAGAGAACGGAAACACACUCUUUUUGUUUUUUUUUUUUUUUACCGUAAUGCCCGGAUUAUGUGAAACACUAACGGACAUGAAAAAUCGAAAUGCAUAAAAUAAAUAGUUAUUGUUGUAAAUUAAUGUAACAAUACCGCUAGUUCUAAUAAUUUUCUUCUUUCUAUUUCGCCUACGUGUGCACAAAAUAAACAUAAAAUGCGUAAUUUUAAUAAUGACGACCAACCAAGGUGGCAAAUUUUGUUACAUUUCCGCUAUCGCUAGUUACAUCGUCGAGAUUAUUAAUUUUUUAAAUAUGUGAUUGUACAUCUUUUUUGCAGUAUGACAAAAUGCUCGUAAAAUGCUUACCAUCUUGUUAUGAUACUACCAAAAUUUACACGGUUCGGACGAAACCGAGUUUUAUCAAUUCUUGUCGAUCGUUUAACAAAAAAAAAAAAAAAAAAAAUAGUUACGCUUGAAUUUGAAUUCUAUACAAUUUAUUUAUUUCUAAAUCAUAUGCCCUUCCGGGUAUACCAUUUUUUCCGCAAAACAGAGAGAAGCUCGCGCGCAAUUCUGUUUUCAUCUUUGUUGGCUUCUUCAGCUCCUUUUUACGAUUCGUAGUUGGAGAAUUACCUUUUUAUAUAGUAGUUUUCUCGUACGUGUAACGAAUCAUUCGAAUCUCAUACAAGCGUAUUUAUUUUGUACAUGAAUAUCAUUAUUAUUUUGGAAUGAGAUCGAAUUUGUGACAAUUUUGUUGUACCAAUUGUUAUCAUUGGCUAUUCGUAUUUAUUUACGCGACAGCUGAAAAAAUUGUUUUACAUAAAAAUGUAUCUAUAUUAUUAUAGAGGCAUUCCGUGCGAUAAGAAUUCAUGUUUUCACGAAAGAUUCAUAGCGAAAAAAAAGAGAGAAUAAUAAGUUGAGCGAGCGUGAAAAAAAAUUUAUUUGGAAUGGAAAAUUGUCGCGUUCGAGUUCCUAGCCACAAAAGCGAUGCAAAAAAAACGAAUCAUCAUUAUUUACUUACUAUACAUCGCGUUGUUAUUCUUUUGUGUCAAUGUUACGAGAAAUCUCUCGCGCAGCAUCCGAUACGCGAUUUUUUAUUCGGUGCGUCGAGAAUCGUCGUGUUUCGCCGGUCACGCGAGCCAAUCGUCAAUGUUCAAGAUUAAACUUUUUCUCAAUAAAA